UCUUCGUGUUAGUAUUCGCGAUGGAUUGCCGCGAAUCCUUCGAGGAGGUGAUUCGUCUGCGGGAGCAGAUCCUGGAGACGAAGGCUAAUGCCAGCAGCGGGAGCAGUCGGGGCCGGAAACAGGCUCCGAGGGUUCCCAUGGCGAUAGCUGGCAACAAAUGUGACAGAGACUUAAAGACUGUACAACCCGAGGAAGCGAGCGCGUACUGUGCUACACAGGACUCAGCGUGCGUAUUCGUCGAGACGUCGGCUAAAAGGAACUUCCACGUCGACGACCUCUUCUACGAACUCUUCGUUGUAGCAAACCUACCUUUAGAAAUGGCGCCGAACCACCACAAACGAGUCAGCACUGCAUUCGGGAGCCCUUGCACAUUACCUCCAACCAGCAGUCAAAGUAGUAGAAGUAAGAAAUGCACCCUAUCCAUUAAAAGAAGAUUGUCCGACGCUUGUGGAGUAGUCGCACCUAACGUUAGGAGGCCCAGCAUCCGCACCGACCUGAUGAUCAUGAGAACCAAGACGUGUGCCAAAGGAGACAAUGACAGUGUAAGCGGCAGCCCAAAGCUCAACUUAAAUAGGUUAGUGCGUUCGAAUCCGCAAAAUGACAAACGGUCCUGCGCGAUUCAGUGAUAGUAACAGUAAAGGAAUAUAGGCAAUUAAAUGUUGGUUGCAGGUGCUAUAUAUGGAUCAGCAGACGGGCUAAAUGAUAAAUUAGCUUGUAAUUCUGAUCGAUUUCGAGGCCCCAAUAGCUGUAACUCGAACCAUGAAUACAAUGUCAAUAGGACAAAACCGCAAUUGAUGAAUGUUUUAAUACCAAAUGAGAAUUGGAUUGACUCUGCAAAUGUGAAAUAAUGUCGACAAUUUCACACGCAAAAUAAAUUCAAAUCAUCAAUGAACUAUGGUCGUUAAAUUUUAAAUAAUUAUUGAAGUAUUGUUAUAUUAAAUUUAAGGAUUUAUAUAUAUUGAUAAUGUUUAUAAGUAGUUUAAAUAAGCAGAGUUCCGUCCAAUUCUCAUUUGAAUAUCUGUAGCUGAUAUAAACCCCGAGAUCUUUUUGGAUAUUACGAUAUUCUUAUCAAGAUGUUUAUGAAAAGUAUUUUCUGGAAUUGAAUAUUUUAUUUAUAGUAGAUAUCUGUAAAAAGGCCAAUCUAAAAUACAUUUGUGAAUUCAGUACGACUACAAAAUCGUUAUAUACUUAUGUAUUGCAUAUCUUAUGUAGAUAUAAGAAGUUAAUUGCAAGAAUUUUGUAAAGAAUCAAACGAUUGUUUUCUACAAGCGAACUGUCAGUAAUUUUAAUAAAAAACUUUAUCAUUGUGGUUAACGGUCAAAGUUAACCUAAAUGGACAAAUAACAAAGUUGCUAAAAAAGUUAUGUUAAUUUUGUUAACAACAUUGUCAACAGGUAAGCUUCGUAAAACACAAUGGCAAAAGACAGAUCGAUUGUUUAGAAAACAACGGAAAGUUCUUGGAAGGUGGAAAGACUCUGAUUCUCUAUGAUAUUGAAAACUUUGCGUUUUCACGUCAUGUCGUUAAAAUGCAUUAGCAAAGCCACGUGGGAGCACUGAGGGCCUCCUCCCUCGGUCGCCAUACAAAAUGACAAAAUCACGACAAGUUAAAUGAAAAUAAAAAGAAUUGGAAAUUCCAAAUGUACACUUCUCAUAAGACUCGUUAGACAAAAACUAACUUAUUUAGCAACUAGCCACUUCAAAGUCUGCAGUAAUUUUGGGCUCACUCAGUUUUUCUAAUGACGUGUGCUUCUUUCUAUGCAGUGGUCGUUUAUUCUUGAUUUUUUUAAUACGUUGUACGAUUUAAAUUAAAUCCACUGACUAAAGUAUUAGAACUUUCAAGUAACAAUUCAAGUUGUGGCGAAAACCUACGCUACUCUACCGAAAAUGUGACCAAAUGCAUUUUCAACGUCAAUGUCGUAAAGUCAGGGCCUUGUACACUUUCUGCCAUAUUUAUAAACAUAGAUUAAAAUUUUAACCCAAAAUAUCUUCAUGAUAAAGUGAACUUUUAACACUAGCGAUUAGGUCCACUUUACUUGAAGAAACUUGAGAUUUAAAUCGUAAUCCACGUUUAUAAAUGGCCGCUAAUGUUAUUGAAAAUGUUCAAAAAUGAUCGUGUUGCUAUGUUGAUGCAGUGUUUAUAUUUAAAGGAAUGCUUGGUAUGUUCAUAGUGGUUCGGUGUACCUAAUUGUGAAUAUCUAUUGCUUUUGUAUUUAUAUUCUCUCUAUUGUAAUCUUUCGGAGUUAUGUGUAUUCGACUUCUAUUUACGUUGUUGGUUGAGAGUUUAACAUUAUAUCGUUGAUAAGGGACCAAAAAUGUUCUCUCUUCGUGUGAAAAUAUGUAGGCUUGUGGAUACACCGUAGUAAAAUUACGUGCUUAUAAGAAAUUUAAUUGUUUCAAUUGUUUGUUUGAACUAGAUCUAAUUUAAUAAAGCUAGCCGGCUAUAUUUAUGUUCAGAACUCCUUCAUAUUAUACUAUCUUAUUAACCCCGAGUAAGAAAAACUCGCGAUAGAACUGAACUUAGCAAAAUUCGAAAACGAAACAGAGCUGAUGAUAAAGAAGCCUAGCAUUUUUAUUCAUUUGUAUAUAUUUGAUAUAUUUACUGGAUAAAAUCUAACCAGCUUAGAUAGUA